AGACGACCCGCCCCGGCAGGGUCCCGGUCCCGGCGCAAACGAUCCCUGGGCCCAUGUCAAUGGCAUGCCAAAGCACACUCUCUUCAGCCCUGGCAACACGAGCUGGCCGCCUGCCUGUCCCGUCUCCGAGUCCCCAAGCAGCUCCGUCACGAUGUUUGGUGGCAAGGCCCCGUGGACAGCAGAGGGUGGGCCUGCCCUGCCGAGCGCGGGUGUCCGUCUGGGUACCUCAUGGCCCAUGCGCAAGUCGGGGGUGUCUCACAACUGGCAUUGUGCCACAGCGGGCUCCAGCACUGUGCUCCAGUGUACCUCGCCGUGUUCAUGUGGAUCUCUCGCACCCGGCUCUGGCCUGUGGCUUGAGCACAACGACCGACGAUUGCACUGCUGUGGCGCAGUUCUCUGUUUCUGCAAAGUACUCCCCCUUCCAGGUACCUCGGUGUCGGGCAGGCGGGCGCCCACCAAUCAGGCCGGCGCUGAACCACACGUGCAGGGCUCUAGGGACUUGCCCUUCAUCCAAGACAGGGCAAAAUCUCAGUGUGCGAAUCUCUAUCGUUAUGUUCGAGGAGCUUCAGUCUGAUCUGGUCCGCUACACCUAGGCUCCAGUCAGACCAGUCCGCAAGAUCAACUCGUCACUGUCCAUCAUGGCCCAGCAUCGUCAACCGAAGACGGCGGCGCCCGCUCCAAAAGACGCUUCUUCAGUGGUCGAGCCUCCCCAGGGUCGGUGCCGCAACUUUACCCAUGGAUCCCAGCGUCGCACGGCCACCCAUGACUGACACGAGACGCAUCUAGUC